UGGUAAGGUAGGGCGGGAUUCCCUGUGAUCAUCGGAAGGUACAGUGAUCAUCCCUGAAACCGCCCCUCUUCGCUGGGUUCAGCUCUAACAACUGGGACGGUUUGGAUCCUACCGCCUGCGUCGUGCCCGUCUUCGUUAUUUUGCUAUUUAAAAAAAAGUGUAAAGUGUCCAAAUCGAGUGUAUAAUUUAAAAAUGACUCAAUUUAAUCAGUUUAAUUUCAUUUUUUUUUUACUUCAAGAAAGAACAUCAGAACAGCAGUUACAUUCUGUAACAACAAGCUCCUUGCAGUUAAAGGAUGGUGAGGCACGCGCACUUCCGGCGCCGGUACCUCAGCCAACAGGAGGCAGAAGGUCCAUCCGGACAGGACUUCAGCGGCAGGGAGCAGCAAGAGGAAUCCCUGAUCAUCAUGGAUCAGCAGGAAAUGGCUGCUUUCUUCGCACUGCUGGAUGAUGAUCUGAUCCAGCAUUUCCUCUGCAUGGACUCCUGCUACAUGGUGACCGACAAGUACCUACUGGCGAUCACCUUUAUCUACUUCAAAAGAGCUCACUUCACGGCCAGUGAGCACACGAGGAUGAACUUCUUCAUCGCCCUAUAUCUCGCGAACAUGAUGGAGGAAGAAGAGACGGGGAACAGAUUUAAGAUCUUUCCCUGGGCCUUGGGAGGAAACUGGAGACGUCAGUUUCCCUCCUUCAUCAAGAAGAAGGACCAGCUCUGGGCCCGGAUGGAGUACAGGACUGCUGUCAGCCGCCACUGCUGUGAGGAGGUGAUGGCCAUCGUACCCUCCCACUCUCUGUGGAAUCGGGAGCGCCCCGAACAUCACAGCGGGGCCCAGCGGCACUACAGCGGGGAGGGCUUUCAGUGGCCCCGGGGCCCAUCCUCUGUACCCGUCGCCUGCACGCUCUGCAGCAUGACCGUCCGGACCCAGGAACCCCGUGCUUCUGACCACUCAGGGAGCCCAGAGUCCAGCGCACAAGACAGCGAAGCAGAACAGGAUGGACCCCUGAUCCGGAUCAAAGAGGAAAGACGAGGCUCAAAGCGAACAUGGGAUGGACAGCUGAAGGAUCACAGUCGCUGUCCAGAUCCAGAAAAAGGUCCAAGUCAUUCUGAUCCUGUUGGAAGACCUCAGGACCUUGGAUCUCCCUCUGUGGGCGUUCUGAAAGUGAGGAAGGUCACCGAGACGACGGGCCUGCCUUUCAGAUCGGCACCACACGUUGGAGCCCUUGUUCCAAGCUGCAUCAUUUUGUAGCCGGGAACUUUUUAUACAGCCCCAUUUCUGGUUCCCUGCUUCCUGGUCUGGGAUCUCAUCCAGUCAGCGGCCCAAGACCCAUUGGUCCCCUGUUGCCACGCCUUCCCCUUUGCCGAGUCCUCGUCUGUGUAGGAUUGACCCUUCCGACAUCCAGAACAUCCUGCUCCUCAUCCCCGACUAUGUUUAUUCCUUUCUGUUUUGAUCUUGGUUGCCCACAUCUAUAUUUAAACACAAUGUACUGUUGUAUGGGCAGCGUUUCUCAAACUAUGGCCCGCGGACCGGUGCCGGUCCGUGAGAGGGUUCCUGCCGGUCUGCGGAAGCUCGCUUCUGCACCGAUCAAAAUUCAGUCAGAUCAGGCAUAAUAAUAAUAACAAUAAUAGUAAUAGUGUUUAUCUAUAGUAAUAAUAUCUAUUUAUGCGGAUAUGCAUCCGCGGGGGGGGAGGUUGUUUGGGGGGGUCGUUUAUGCAGGGCCCUGCAGCCCCAAAGCCUGACAUGAGUUUGAGCAACGCUGUAGUAAUGGAUUUUGGGCAACCAUUGAAUGUGAUAUAAUGGAAUUUUGGUAAAGUGCUGAUUCUGCAGCAAUGAAUUUUUGUUAAUCACAGGUUUAUUGCAGUUAUGAUUCCAAUACAGAGGGAAUGUUAUCUCAUUUAGAAAAUUCAGUCUUAGAUUGGGAAGGACCAGACUCUUCAACAGUACGAAUACUUGGGGGGGAAAAGCUGUUUUUAAGCUUCAAUCACCUGCAGUGAAACUUGGUGUCUGAGAGUCUGUGUGGUCCAGGUAUAUAUUAUGUUGUGGGAACCAAAUGUCCCCAAAAUGUGAUAAAAACCUGUUAUUUCACAUUCUGGAUACCAUUUUUUUGGUUCCCACAGUGGGAAAUUCAAUUUUAUAAAAAUAUAUGACUGCAAUAAAAAACUUGUGAUUUUGAUUUGAUGUUGAAAUGUUGAUUUUUUUGUAGCUUAUGGUUAAGGUUUGUUAUAGUUGGCAUUAGGGUUAUAACUGUCUGAUUGAAAGGGUUUAAAUAUUGUUAAUAUUCUGUUUACCUCUGUUUUCUUGCACUAUAACAAGACCUCCAUUUCAUCUCUGCAUAUAACCCAUGAAUAAUGUGGCUGAAGAUGAAAAACUUUUCCAGAUUUCCCAUAAUAACCAGUUUGCAUAAUAAAAAGUCUUUAUCUACCCCAAAACAUUUAGAUGUGAAUGAGAAUAACUUCAGGCUGAAAGAUGCAGAUUGGAGAAAGGGCAGUCUUGUAAUAGUGCAAAUUGUACAAUAUAUAGAGCUGUUUUUGUUUGUUUUAGUUUCUGUAUAUGUAUAAUAUUUAAGAAAAUAUAAUUUGUAUUAAAGUGUGUGUUAUGAAUAAUAAAUGUUUCAUUUAUACAAAAACAUGGAAGUCUUUUAACAUUUUUCAUUUCUUUCUCAAUUGUCAACUGUAUAUAUGUAAAUAAGUUUGUGUUGAUGACCGAAUGGUGGCAGCUGUGAGCUAAGGCGACGUUGAAAAGUCUUAAUAAAGUUUUGUUUUUUGGAAGUAAAAGAGACGGGAGUUUCUGUAAUAACAUGCCUUGAUGUCACUCUCUCACUUACCUUUGCAACCUGCGCUGAUCACUUUAAGUUCCUGCUGUUCUGCCAUACAAUUGUGCAAUAUUGUACAUUACUUUUUUACUUCAGAGGUUUUAUUUUAGUUCAUUCUAUUUUUAUCCAGUUUAGACAUUUUAUUCCAUUAUUGUUUUUUUUCUAUUUAUUGUUUAGACCUGAGAAAAUGUGUUUCGUUCUUAUGUCAAGUGCUUUGAAUGGCAAUAAAAGCUGAUUCUCAUGUA